AUGGCAAAACACAUGGUUUCAAUGUUGUUGCUUUGUGUAUUCUUUUCCUUACUAGAAUUCAAAGUUGAAGCAAAAAAAUCUUCACAUUUAGAAAGAGAAAUUGAAGCUAAAUUGAAGCUUCUAAACAAGCCAGCAGUGAAAACUAUUAAGAGUGAGGACGGAGAUAUUAUUGAUUGCGUCGAUAUUUACAAACAACCUGCUUUUGACCAUCCUGCUUUAAAAAACCAUAGAAUACAGAUGGUGCCGAGUUUUCCUCUUGAAUCCGAAAAUUCAAGCACAGUAGGUGUUUUCAACGCAAGCUCUGAUGUGUUUCAGACAUGGCAGAAAAGUGGAAGUUGUCCUGAAGAAACUAUCCCUAUUCGAAGAAUUCGAAAAGAGGACUUGCUGAGAGCAGGUUCACUUGAUCGUUUCGGACGGAAACCCCCUGAAAUAUUUGAUAAUUCAACCAGCACCAUGAGUGGUAUAGUCGAAGUGACAAAUCGCUCGGAUGCAUAUCUUGUAGCAGUGGGAUAUAAUUUCAUAGGGGGGCAAGCAAAUAUUAAUGUGUGGAAUCCUAGAGUUGAAAAACCAGAAGAUUUCACUACUGCUCAGUUGUGGCUUAAGGCUGCUAAUGGUGAUAAUAAUUUCGAAAGCAUCGAAGCCGGUUGGAUAGUUAAUCCAAAGUUGUAUGGUGACCACAGAACCCGAUUAUUCGUCCAUUGGACUAGAGAUACAUACAGAACUACAGGGUGCUUUGAUCUUUUAUGCUCAGGUUUUGUGCAUACAAACAAGAAUAUAGUGCUUGGUGGUGCCAUAGAACCUAUUUCAUCCCCUGGUGGUCCACAAUAUGAACUCAACUACGCAAUAUAUUCGGAUUAUCAUGGAAAGUGGUGGCUUAAAGUGAAAAAUAACAUUCCAGUAGGCUAUUGGCCGACCGAGAUACUGAGAAACUUACAACACAGUGCAUCAUUGGUUCAAUGGGGUGGACAAGUUUUUAGUUAUGAGGUCAAAACAGACCCUCCCCACACUGGAACACAGAUGGGUAGUGGAGGACCAGCAGGUGGACGAUUCGGGCACGCAUGCUAUAUGAGUGUUGUGAGAAUUAUAGAUUAUUCACUAAAACUAAAGUAUCCUCCGAUAGUAGGCGUUCAUGCUUCAGAACCAGAUUGUUACAAUACCUUAAAUGAUGUUCAAUAUGGAAAAGACCCUGUAUUCUAUUUCGGAGGGGCUGGACGAAACCCUCAUUGUCCUUGA